AUUUUAUAAAACAACAACACGUGCGUGAUUUUAAUCUGUUUUUGUCUCUGUUAAUUAAACUAAUUCGCGUGUUAAUAUGAAAGAAAUUAAGAACAUUAAGGAAGAAGAGGAAUUAAUUAUUACUGAGAACAUCGAAAUUGAUCCAAAAGACGAAGUUUUUGACGAAACCAUCAAUACGACUCGUAGUGCUGCAGAAGUUUGUGACCUAGAUGAUUUUGUGGACCUAGUAGACCUAACUUCAGAUGAUUUGAUUGGAGCUAUUGACUUGACUGACAUCGAAGGAGAAAUUGAGAUUAUAGAGGAAAACAUUGAUCCAAAUGUAAAUUUAAGAUGCGAACUUUGUCAAACUAGUUUUGCGACAGUAUCCAGUAUGUACAGACACUUGCGAUCCAAAAGGCAUAAAUUGUUUGAAGCAGCAAUGUUUAGAACUAAUAAACCUGAUCUAUUUGGAAUGCAUACAAAGAGAGAGAAAACCAUUCAAGACAUCCAGUCCGAAAUGUACAAUGAUUCAGUUAUUAAUCAUCAAAACUUUUCAGCACGUCUUUAUCAGUUUGAUACUAACAAUAAUCAUCAGUUAAAUAAUCCAGGAAAUGGUUAUCUAUUGGUUCCAUCGCCUCAAUUCAAUAUUAACAAAGAUCCAGUAACUGGUCAUCAAACCUUUCCAGUACAUCCACAUCAGUUUCAAAUGAACUAUAAUCACCAAACCUUAAAAUCAAAGACAUUUCAGUUGAAAAGUCCAGAAAUUGGUCAUCAAUUUGUUCCAUCGCCUCAAUCUCAAUUCAAAACUCACAAAGUUCCAGUAACUGGUCACAGCAAUAAUCAUCAAAUCGCCCAACUAACGCCAGUUCACUUAAAUGAUUCAAGAAUUGGACAUCAAACUUUUCCAGCUAGUCCAUUUCAGUUUCAAUUUGAGAAAAAUCCAGCAAUUGAUCACCAAAUCAGUCAAAAAGAGACUCCAUUUAACUUUAAAAUUGAGAAUGAGCAAAAUCAGUACAAAAUUGUGGUUGAAACCAUAAAACAGGAAGGUGUGGACAUAAAUACUCCUAACAUACAUGAUAUUACAUCACAACCAAUACAACAUCAAAGCAGAAGAAAGGCCUUUAUAUGCACACAAUGUAUGAAGAAUUUUUCAAGCAUUAGUAACUUAAAUCGACAUACUAAUCUGCAUCUUCCUGAUGACAUUUUCAAGUGCCCCACCUGUCCAAAAACAUUCAAACAGAAAGAAUAUUGGAAAAAGCACUCUUUCUCUUGUAGAAUGAGGCCAGAAAAGACUAGACGCAUGCCAGCAAAAUAUUUUAAUUUGAUGUUUGAAUACAAAACCGACAAUAAUGAGUCAUAGAAAUCAUUUAUGCUUGCCUUUCAUUGAUGAGUUGACAGCUAGCAGAAAACAAAUUAUAAAGUAUAGCUUUUGACUAAUUUUAACAAAUUUUAUUGACAUUGAAUUAUUUUUUGUUACAUUUUUAUUGAAUUCACAUUAUCGUAUUCUAUUUUUUUUAUGCUGAAAGUUGACUUACAUGCCUACAAAAUCCUUAAUUAUUAAUGGUAUUUUUUUUUUCAUCUUGUUAAUAAAAAUUGAGUUAGACAUAAUUCUAAAACUUGGUAACAUGUGAUAUAUAUGUAUUGUAGAGCCUGCUUGCUUGUGUAAAAGUCGAUCCAAAAAGCACUUGUACUAAAUUACAAUUCUUAGCUCUAUAAACUGAUAUUCAUAUUUUUUUUUUAAAUAAAAAUCACUUCCAUUUUAUUGCGUUGGGAAGUUGAAAAUGUCACCAAUAUCAUUGCUUGGCGUUUUCUGAUCUUUUUAAUGGUACGCGUUGAUUUAAAAAAAACUUAAUUGAUAUAGAAUCUUAAUUUGUACUUUUUACUAAUUUUAUGUUGUGCUGAUUACGCUAAAGUUGAUGAUUUUUCGAAUCUUUUUAAACAGAAUUAGUGAUGAAACAUGCUGCAAUUAAUGCAAAUAUCAGAAUUGCCGCAGCAAAAUUCAUCAAAAAGUCUGUUAAACAUUAAUUUGAAUUUUUGAACUAGUCAAAAAAUUCGUUUUAAUUUUUUUGAACUUUAAACUUUGAUUCUUUUGA